CCGUUCUCUAAAGAGUGGCCGAGAACUGAAACUGUAGGAAUUGAGUCAAGCGAUCGUCUGGUGAAAUUUCUUGAGCUUGAUAUUUUCUGAUCUUUCUCGACUUUUAUAUCUCUCGCGACUGGUGCAUCCUGGUAUUUCGAUAUUUGGUACAGCUUGUCCACGAUUUUGUGAUAAUUACCGGAGACUUGAAUCAUUCGAGGACUAUACGACAUUACAAAAUCGACUGCUACUAUGAGCCCUCAGGUGGAUGGCCCAGCUGAGGCUGCGGAUUUGGAAAAUGCUCGUCAGAAGGGCGUCGAUGUCCCGCCUGUCGAGUUCGAGCCCGAGGACAAGAUGAACAACACGCCCGAAUACAAGCAAGAUGCCUUUGGCAAUGAGGAAUUCGCCGAGGUCAAGUAUAAAGUCAUGAAGUGGUGGCAAUGCGGUUUGCGUAUGUGAUUUAUACGAAUUGAAGAAAAAAAAAAGGAUAUCUAUCUAACACAUCCCUAGUCAUGGUUGCUGAGACCGUCUCUCUCGGUGUUCUGUCGCUCCCUGCCGCCGUCGCAACAUUGGGUCUUGUCCCUUCAAUCAUUCUCAUUCUUGUACUCGGCGUGCUCGCUACCUGGACCGGUUACAUGAUUGGACAAAUGAAACUAAAGUACCCCUACAUCAUGACCAUGGCUGAUGCAGGAGAAGUUCUCGGCGGCGCAUUCGGCCGUGAAUUCAUGGGUGUCUGCCAAAUUCUUUUCCUCAUCUUCAUCAUGUCGAGUCAUCUUUUGACCUUUACCGUUGCUAUGAACACUAUCACCAACCACGGCACCUGCUCGCUCGUGUUUGGUAUCGUUGGCACGAUCAUCUCCUUCCUAUGCUGUCUGCCGCGCACACUAGAGAAAAUGUCCUGGUUGUCGCUCGUUUCAUUCGUGAGCAUCAUUGUCGCAGUCUUCAUCUGCAUGAUCGCCGUGGGCAUUGAAAACCCCGGCAGCGGAGUCGUGGCUGUGGCCAAAACCGAUCUCUACCACGGCUUCUCGGCCGUGUGCAACAUCGUCUUUGCUUUCUCCGGCCACGCUGCCUACUUCGGCUUGAUGGCUGAGUUGAAGAACCCCCGUGACUUCACCAAGUCUCUCUGCCUGCUUCAGGGCAUUGAUAUCUGUCUUUACCUGGUUGCCUCCCUGGUGAUCUACCGCUACGCCGGUGACGGUGUUACCUCUCCUGCUUUGGGAUCAGCUUCUCCUCUGGUGGCCAAGAUUUGCUACGGAAUUGCCCUGCCUACGAUUAUCAUUGCCGGUGUCAUCAACGGCCACGUCGCAGUCAAGUACGUCUACGUCCGACUUUUGGCUGGAACGGACCGCAUGCACAAGCGCGACUGGGUCGCCGUCAGCUUGUGGCUCGGCAUUGCUGCCGCUCUUUGGAUCAUUGCGUGGAUUAUCUCGGCCGCGAUUCCCGUCUUCAGCAACCUGCUGAGUCUGAUUACUGCUCUUUUCGCCUCCUGGUUCAGUUAUUGCCUGGGCGGUGUUUUCUGGCUGUACAUCUACAAGGACCGUCUGACCUCGCCGCGGAUGAUCAUCUUCAGCAUUAUCAACCUGAUCCUUAUUGGAAUUGGAUUGACAAUCUGUGGUAUGGGUCUUUGGGUGUCUGGAAAGGCUAUUCACGAUAAUCCCAGCAGCGCGAGCUUCUCGUGUGCAAAUAAUGCUUGAUGUUGAUGAGGUACCAUCAUUUACUGUCUAUUUUACGCACUAAUUAGCAUUUACUGCGGCGUUGUGGGUCAGAAGGGUUUCUUGUGAAAAGCAUUUUCAUCUAUAAAUAUACCGAGGCUUUAAUUUGAUAUUCGUUAUUUAUUCUCAAACAACUUCCUUUUGAUAAUGUAGGUGAUAAGAUAGCUCCUGGCUCUCGAGAACUGCAGUGAGGAGGGUGUAAAUUCUGUACGCCCAAUGGGACGGAAAUGAUCUUCCUGAUCACUGGGCGAUGGUGGCCCUGGUCAUCGAUCACGAAGCGCCCGAACAAAAGCAUUUGGACGGAGCGUGGGAGGAUUCGAGCUCGCGCUGGAAACGGCGACUCGAUGAUCUGAUAAACAGUUCUAGAUCGAUAUCAUGCGACCUAGACUAGGCAAUAUAGAAGUGGCUACAACGCGCUCACGUUGGAGUAAUACCACGUCGCCAAACUUGGAGCCUGUGUCUUGGAUGAG